AUGGUCCAACCGAUCUAUCCACAAACAGCUGUAAGAGUGAUAAAUGCAGACUGUCUACAUGUCUAUGCGGACCUAGCAGCGCAACGAUAUAGACCGGUGCUACUUAAUAUGGCCAAUGCUCAAACUCCCGGUGGUGGAUAUCGCCGUGGAGCUGAAGCCCAAGAAGAAAACAUCUUUCGACGUUCAAAUUACUUCCUUGGUCUAGACAGUGCACUCGACAGUGAACGACGUUGUGAAUACUUUCGCUACAGUGACCAGGGUGAACAGCAACGAGUCAGUCCCCAUUCCCUCUAUCCCAUGUCUACAUUCGGUGCACUGUACACACAAGACAUAACUGUCUUUCGAGAUAGUGAAGACGACGGAUAUGCCUUCUUAAACGAGCCUGUUCACAACGUUUGUACCAUAGCAAUGGCAGCGUAUCAAAACCCGCCCUUAAAACAAGGCAAUCAUCUUCCUUCCGAAUAUGCUGCGAAUACAAGAAAGAAGAUAGAAAACAUCUUUGCCAUUGCGCAACAUCGAGACCAUGACUGUCUCGUGUUAUCGGCAUUGGGCUGUGGGGCUUUUAAAAAUCCCCCGGAAGACAUCGCUAGACUCUUUAAAACAGUCAUUCUUCAGUACGCCGGAGUCUUCCAUUCGAUUAUUUUUGCUAUCAUUGGAGAACAAAACAGUUCGAACGACAAUUUCGCUUCUUUUCACAACUUACUUCACAACUACAAUAUAUCACCACCCGCUGUUCCCCAAGUUGGUAUGGCACUCGGUAGUCACCGUAUUCGAGAGAUCCGUUCGAACGGACAAAUGAUACUUGACAACUUCGUGAUUGCUCGAGAUCCUUGCAAGUACGGCGGAAUGUGCAACAAAACUAGUUAUCAAGAUCACAGUGCACGCUUUUCGCAUCCAAGUGUAUGUCCACAACAAACUCCUCAUUGUAUUACGGACAUGAUACAUUAUCGGGCAUUUGUCCAUAGAUAA